CCACUGGCCGCGCGGAGCGGUCAAGCUGAGAUGACGGUCAAGUUGGAUUUUGAGGAGUGCCUUAAGGACUCACCCCGCUUCCGAGCCUCUAUCGAGCUGGUGGAAGCCGAAGUGUCAGAAUUGGAGACCCGGCUGGAAAAGCUCCUCAAGCUGGGUAAUGGCCUCCUGGAAAGUGGGCGCCACUACCUUGCCGCCAGCCGGGCCUUCAUCGUUGGCAUUUGUGACCUGGCCCACCUGGGUCCACCAGAGCCCAUGAUGGCGGAGUGUCUGGACAAAUUCACUCAGAGCCUGAGCCACAAGCUGGACAGCCACGCAGAGCUUCUAGAUGCCACCCAGCACACACUGCAGCAGCAAAUCCAAACUCUGGUCAAGGAAGGUCUCCGGGGCUUCCGAGAGGCUCGCCGGGAUUUCUGGCGGGGGGCUGAGAGCCUGGAGGCUGCUCUUACCCACAACGCAGAGGUCCCCAGGCGCCGGGCGCAGGAGGCAGAAGAGGCCGGAGCUGCUCUGAAGAUUGCUCGAGCCGGGUACCGGGCACGGGCCCUGGAUUAUGCCCUGCAGAUCAAUGUGAUUGAGGACAAGAGGAAGUUUGACAUCAUGGAGUUUGUGCUGCGUCUGGUGGAGGCCCAGGCUACCCAUUUCCAGCAGGGCCACGAGGAGCUGCGCCGGCUGGCCCAGUAUCGCAAGGAGCUGGGUGGCCAGUUACACCGGCUGGUCUUGAAUUCGGCUCGAGAGAAGAGGGACAUGGAGCAGAGACACGUGCUGCUGAAACAGAAGGAGCUGGGUGGGGAAGAGCCAGAGCCAAGCCUAAGGGAGGGGCCUGGUGGCCUGGUGAUGGAAGGGCAUCUUUUCAAACGGGCCAGCAAUGCAUUUAAAACCUGGAGCAGACGCUGGUUUACUAUUCAGAGCAACCAACUGGUUUAUCAGAAGAAGCACAAGGACCCUGUGACUGUGGUGGUGGAUGACCUUCGUCUCUGCACAGUGAAGCUCUGUCCUGACUCAGAAAGGCGGUUCUGCUUUGAGGUGGUGUCCCCCAGCAAGUCCUGCCUCCUGCAGGCUGACUCAGAGCGCCUCCUGCAGCUGUGGGUCAGUGCUGUGCAGAGCAGCAUCGCUACGGCCUUCAACCAGGCUCGCCUUGAUGACAGCCCCCGGGGUCCAGGCCAGGGCUCAGGACACCUGGCCAUGGGCUCCGCCGCCACCCUGGGCUCUGGCGGGAUGACCAGGGGAAGGGAUUCUGGUGGAGUCGGGCACGUGGCAGCCCAGGUGCAGAGCGUGGACGGCAACGCCCAGUGCUGUGACUGCCGGGAGCCAGCCCCUGAGUGGGCCAGCAUCAACCUUGGUGUCACCCUCUGCAUUCAGUGCUCCGGCAUCCACAGGAGCCUUGGAGUUCAUUUCUCCAAAGUCCGGUCCCUGACCCUUGACUCGUGGGAGCCGGAACUCGUGAAGCUCAUGUGUGAGCUGGGGAAUGUCGUCAUGAACCAGAUCUAUGAGGCCCGUGUGGAGGCCAUGGCCGUGAAGAAGCCAGGGCCCAGCUGCUCCCGGCAAGAGAAGGAGGCCUGGAUUCACGCCAAAUACGUGGAGAAGAAGUUCCUGACCAAGCUUCCCGAGAUUCGCGGGCGAAGAGGUGGCCGGGGGCCCCCGAGGGGGCAGCCUCCUGUGCCCCCAAAGCCGGGCACCAUCAGGCCCCAGCCCGGGAGCUUCAGACCCAAGCCAGAGCCACCCUCUGAGGACCUGGGCAGCCUGCACCCUGGGGCCCUGCUCUUUCGAGCUGCUGGGCAUCCUCCAUCCCUUCCCACCAUGGCUGAUGCCCUCGCCCAUGGAGCCGAUGUCAACUGGGUCCACGGGGGUCAGGAGAAUGCCACACCACUGAUCCAGGCCACAGCUGCUAAUUCUCUUCUGGCCUGUGAGUUCCUCCUCCAGAACGGGGCAAACGUGAACCAAGUGGACAGCCACGGCCGAGGCCCGCUCCACCACGCAACCAUUCUUGGCCACACGGGGCUGGCCUGCCUAUUCCUGAAACGGGGGGCCGAUCUGGGAGCCCGAGACUCUGAAGGCAGAGACCCCCUGACCAUCGCCGUGGAAACAGCCAACGCUGAUAUCGUCACUCUGCUGCGAUUGGCAAAGAUGAGGGAGGUCGAUGCGGCCCAGGGCCAGGCUGGAGACGAGACGUAUCUCGAUAUCUUCCGCGACUUCUCCCUCAUGGCGUCCGACGACCCGGAGAAGCUGAGCCGGCGUAGCCAUGACCUACACACGCUUUGAUCCCAGGCCUUCGAGGGCCCGCACCCCCUAUCCCUGCCCUUCCCACCGCCCGCCCCUUUCUAUUAAAGCCUUUGUGCUUUGC